CAGCUCAACCACGAGUUCAAGAGAGUGGAAAAGGGCCACAAGAUAAGAUGGUGAUGGAGAUCAUCAACAAGGUACUGACGCUAUUGAUGCAGUUGAUGUGGAAAGUGGUCAGACCUGAAGAUCUGAAACCUGGAGAUCACAUUUAUAGAUAUGGGUUAUACGGCUUAUACAGCCAUCAUGGAAUUUACAUCGGGGAUGGUUAUGUGAUUCACUACACCCAAACGGAGAGCAAAACAACCAUAUUCCCAUCACUGUCCAAGACUGGCCACAAGCAAGAAAUUUUGCCUCCCUGCCCAGAAUGUGAAUACCAGGAGAAGAACAUCAAGCGUGGGGUCGUCAAAACAUGUCUCGAUUGCUUCCGGCGGGAUGGCAAAAAACUCCGAUCCCUUCGCUGUUAUGAAUACGGGCGGCCACUCCUAGGGUUUAUGCUCACCAGGCGAGGAACGUGCACCAUGUUACUCUAUACCAAAUUGCCCCAUCAAGUUGUCGAUACAGCUCGCCAGCUUCACGGUAACAAUGGCUUCGGCAACUACAGCCUCAUCAACAACAACUGCGAGCAUUUCGCCACAUUUUGCCGGACCGGCAUUCGUGCAAGUGAGCAGACAGCAUUUGUUAGUUAUUGUGAACGGAAAAUUAAGGAAGCCAAAGAAUGGACCAUGAAGUUGCUGAAGAGAAACUGA